AAAGAUCAUAUGAUUGUUCAAUGAAGAAGCACGUCUGAUAGGCGUCGACUUACUUCUUUCAACCAGUUUUUUAUUUUCUGGCUGAAUAUAGGCCGUUUUUCGUGUUAGUGGUGCUAAAAUAUAACUAUCAGCCAUGGCGCUCAGCGAUGCAGAUGUUCAGAAACAGAUCAAGCAUAUGAUGGCCUUCAUCGAACAAGAGGCCAACGAAAAGGCCGAAGAAAUCGAUGCUAAGGCUGAGGAGGAAUUCAACAUCGAGAAGGGCCGUCUCGUACAGCAACAGCGGCUCAAGAUCAUGGAAUACUAUGAAAAGAAAGAGAAACAAGUUGAACUUCAGAAAAAGAUCCAAUCUUCGAACAUGCUGAACCAAGCUCGUCUGAAGGUACUCAAAGUACGUGAAGAUCAUGUACGUAAUGUACUCGAUGAAGCUCGCAAGCGCCUGGCUGAAGUGCCCAAUGAUACUAAGCUAUACUCCGACUUGCUUGUUACACUAAUGGUGCAGGCUCUAUUCCAGCUUGUGGAGCCGGCUGUGACAAUUCGUUGCAGACAAGCGGAUAAAUCUCUUGUGGAAUCCCUCCUGCCACGCGCCCAGCAAGACUACAAGGCUAAGAUCAAGAAGGAUGUCGUCCUGAAAGUUGACACAGAAGCAUCCCUCCCAGCGGACACUUGUGGUGGUAUCGAACUCAUUGCUGCCAGGGGCCGCAUUAAGAUUUGCAACACCCUGGAAUCCCGUCUGGAGCUGAUUGCUCAGCAACUGUUGCCAGAAAUCCGUACAGCCCUAUUCGGUCGCAACCCCAACCGUAAAUUCACAGAUUAAAAUUUUCCCGCUCAUUAAAACACUUGUUACUAACAACAUUAAAGAAAAACUUCUUAGAUAUAAAGUUAUAAUUAUUGUUUUCUUUUGCCUAAUUAAUAUUAUAAUGCGUACAACUCUAUCGCUGUUUAGAAUGUAUCCUAUUAAAUGGAAAUGUUAAGACGUCUGAAAGUGUUAAAUACUAUGUGUGAUCAUGCGUUUUAUCUGAUUCAUGGUGUCCGUUGAUAUUUCUAUUCUAUAUGUACAUUAGUUUCGCCGGCAAAAGUAUGUAUUAAUUAUUAAAGUAUUUUAUUGUUACAAUUCAUUCAUAGACUCAUACAUAUAUUUAGAGGAUGUAGUUUAUAGGAUUUGAAACGAUGUAUUUAAGAUUAAACAAUCUAUUUAAUGCCGUAUAACCGAUUCAAUAUAUAGAAGUAUAAAUAUAAAGGGAAUGUCACUAUUUCUGUAACAGUAUAUAUGAAAGCACAAUACAAAUGAUUAGUAGUUGAAUGUUACCUGUAUAUUGUUCAAGUGAAAUCUAUUAAAUCUAUGAAUUAUCUGAUGUUUUCAAAUCUUAGGAAUCCUUGACGACUGUAAGAUUUUGAUGUGACAGCAGCAUCCUAUGUUGUGUUCACUUAAAUCAUUAAUGAUUUGACUGAUAACAAUGUAGUGUCAGAUUAGAAUCUUUCAGUCUUACAACAUUCCUAUUACGUCCUGGCAAUUUAUAUUUUGGCUUGCUUCGAAUAUGUAUGUACGUUUCCCAUUAUGGCACUGUUGAAAUUCUUGUGUAAAUAUAUAGAUGUGUUAAAUA